AUGCCUUCUCCACGUCAGUCACAACUUUGGCGGGCACCUGUAGGGAGCAUCAACAACCUUCAUUUCAUUGUCCCUUUCACCAUCAACAACGCAAUACCGACUUCUGCCUCACCAUCCGACAGCCUAGACUGGAUCCAGAGAAACACAUUGACAAGAGCUGGGAAAUACAAAUACAACGACAAGAUGGCGGUCAAUCGGCUCCGCAGUGCUCUGGCGGUGCCUCGUAAGGGCGAGACGUACGAGCUUCGAGCUGGUCUGGUGUCGCAAUAUGCCUACGAGCGCAAGGAGUCCAUCCAAAAGACCAUUAUGGCCAUGACGCUAGGAAAGGAUGUCUCGGCCCUGUUCCCUGAUGUGCUCAAGAACAUAGCCACUGGUGACCUGGACCAGAAGAAGCUGGUUUACCUAUACCUCAUGAACUACGCCAAAAGUCAUCCCGACCUCUGUAUUCUGGCAGUCAACACUUUCGUACAAGAUUCAGAAGAUCCAAACCCUCUGGUCAGAGCACUGGCCAUCCGUACCAUGGGAUGUAUUCGAGUCGAUAAGAUGGUCGAUUACAUGGAGGAGCCGCUACGGAAGACAUUACGAGACGAGAGUCCCUAUGUGCGCAAAACUGCUGCUUUGUGUGUGGCCAAGCUGUUCGACCUCAACCCGUCCAUGUGCCUGGAAAAUGGCUUCUUGGAGACAUUGCAGGAGAUGAUUAGUGAUUCAAACCCUAUGGUUGUCGCCAACUGCGUCACUGCACUUGCCGAGAUUGGAGAAGCAGCGCCCGAAACCAACGCAUUGAUCGUGACACCUCAGACGCUGAAGAAGCUACUGCUCGCCCUCAACGAGUGCACUGAGUGGGGUCGCAUCACCAUUCUAUCCACUUUGGCUGACUACAAGCCCACCGAGCAGAAGGAAGCCGAGCACAUUUGCGAGCGCGUCGUGCCACAGUUCCAACAUGCCAAUCCUAGUGUCGUUUUGGCUGCCGUCAAGUUCACUCUCGUGUCAUCCCAGCCCGAAGUCCAAUAUGUCGCUCUGCGUAACAUCGAUCUUCUACUCCAGAAGCAGCCCUCGCUCUUGUCAAAGGAGAUGCGCAAACUCCAGAUCAUGGUCCGCAUUGCCAACGAUUCAAACGUGGAACAACUGCUUGCCGAAUUGAAAGAGUACGCUAUGGAAGUCGAUAUGGAUUUCGUCAGAAGAGCCGUCAAGGCCAUUGGUCAGGUUGCCAUUAAGAUUGAGAACGCCUGCGAGAAAGCCGUCAAUGUCUUGCUUGAACUUAUCAACACCAAGCAAGCAUACGUUGUGCAAGAGGUCGUGGUUGUUAUCAAGGAUAUUUUCAGAAAAUACCCUGGUUACGAGGGCAUCAUUCCGACAUUGUGUCAAUGUAUUGACGACUUGGACGAGCCAACCGCAAGAGGUGCCCUAAUUUGGAUUGUUGGCGAAUAUGCCGAGAAGAUCAGCAAUGCCGGCGACAUCUUAUCUGGUUUCGUGGAUGGUUUCGCAGAAGAAUUUACUCAGACGCAACUUCAAAUUUUGACUGCUGUGGUCAAGCUCUUCUUGAAGAAGCCUGAUCAAGCUCAAGGAUUGGUGCAGAAAGUCCUCCAAACCGCAACAGUAGAGUGUGACAACCCAGACAUCCGUGACAGAGCAUACGUCUAUUGGCGACUCUUGUCAAGUGACCCUCAAAUCGCAAAGAACAUCGUCCUCGCACAACGACCGGCUAUCACCUCAACAAUCUCAACUUUGCCCAUGCCGCUGCUCGAUUCGCUUAUGCCAGAUCUUUCAACACUUGCCUCUGUUUACCACAAGCCACCACAGACUUUCCUCGGCCAAGGUCGCUCAUCUGCCAACGCUUUGCAACAAGCUGCAAUUGAGGAAGCCGCUCAGAACGCACGCGAAAACCCCUUGGCUGCUGCAGCUGCUGCAGCCGCUGUUUCAGGACAAGCAAGCACCGUGCAAAGCCAUGCCGAGAACCUCCUCGAUAUUGACUUUGACGGUGCAGCACCAGCCAGUUUGCAAAAGGCACCUGCAGGCGGCUCAUCAGGUCUCGAGGGUCUCGCUGGUACGCCCAUGCGUGUUGCUAGCCCGACAACGAACGAACUCAUGGGCGGCGGUAUGGAAGACCUCAUGGGUAUCUUUGGUUCUUCAGGCGGUGCUUCUGCUGCACCUGCUACAGGUAACUCAGGCUCUGAUGAUUUGAUGAACGGAUUCGCGAGCUUGAAUAUGGAGGCAUCACAACCGCCACCGCCACAGACACAGUUGCAAGGCGGAGGCGGCAACAAGGCUAACGAAGAUAUUCUCGGCCUGUUUUAG